UCGGCGUUCAGAGAGAUAGACUGUCUUCAAUCCGAAGUGGGAGCCAUGGGGGGAGGAGACUUGAAUCUGAAGAAAAGUUGGCAUCCACAAACUUUGAGAAAUGUGGAAAAAGUGUGGAAGGCUGAACAGAAACAUGAGGCGGAGAGGAAGAAAAUUGAAGAGCUACAGCGAGAGCUGCGUGAAGAGAGGGCACGGGAGGAAAUGCAAAAAUAUGCUGAAGACACAGGCGCUGUUAAAAAGAGAGAUGAGAAACUUGAUUGGAUGUACCAGGGCCCUGGUGGUAUGGUGAAUCGGGAAGAGUAUCUUCUGGGGCGACCUGUGGAUAAGUUCAUCCUGGACAAAAUGCAGGAUCCAGAAUCUGGACCUUCAACUGAGACUGGACUGCUUCCAGGAUCCAUUUUUACUCCAUCUGCAGCAAGUUCCACACUGGAUAUAGCCAACAAAAUCCGGGAAGAUCCAUUGUUCAUGAUCAGGAAAAAGGAAGAUGAACAGAAGAGAGAAUUCCUCAAGAACCCAGUGAAGAUGAAGAUGAUCAGAGAAAUGCUGCAAACUAGUCUGGACAAAAAAAGCAAAAAGAAAAAGAGGAAAAAGGAAAAAGAGAAAAAGAAGAAAAAAGAAAGGAGGAAGAGUUCCAGCAGUGAGGAAGACAGCAGCAGCGUUGAGGACGAAAGGGCCAAGCACAGCAGGUUAGAGUCUCAUAAGAAAUACCCACGCUCUCCCUCUCCCCAAGCCCGACAGAAAGUUCCAGGCUUUGGUUUGCAGGUCCGCGAAGAAGAUUAUCGGAAUAAGAGGAAUGAACCCUCAGAGCAGGACCGGCACAGACACUACUCUCGCAGUCCACUUCGUGAUUCUAAGGGGAGCAAAUCUAGGGAGGAGGGCACACACAGGCCAUGUCCGAGGAGCUCACCAUCAAGGCAUGAAGAGCGGUACAGGCGGCAGCGGCCAUCAGGAUACACUAAAAAGCUCACUGCAGAAGAGUUAGAACGUCGCAGGUUGGAGAUGAUGGAGGAUGCACGAAACAGAGAAGUAGAAAGAGAGAGUAAUGUACGCCGAUACAAGCAGGAAGAAGAGACUGAAAAGGAGAAAGAGCAGCAGAGGAAGGAAAGCAAGUUUCUACACCAAAUGAAGCUUGAAAGUGCAGCUACAUCUUCAGUAGAAGACAGAGUCAAGCGCAAAAUUCAUGGAAUCCAACGCACUGCCUCCGCUUUAGAAAAGAAUUUCAUGAAGCGAUAACAUUUUGCUAUAUAUUUUUGAAAGACAGUUGUCUUCUUUUAUUUUUCUCCCUUACACUUUCUUGUUCGAAGGCAAUUUUGUGUCGUCUUGUUUUUUUAACCAUAUCCUUUUAAAUAUUUUGUCACCUUGAUUAUCUGAAUAUGUUUUUAUUUUUAUACGGUUUAAUAUAGCGAUGAAUAUAUUGUGCACACCUUAAUAUUGUUCAGAUGUAAGCAAUAAUGUUGUUGCAUCAGUAUGUUCUGAACAAUCUAACAAAAUGUAAAUGUGUGUAUAUUAAAAUAAAGGUAUUUGGUCUUCUUUUUAACCCUAUGGCUGCAGGAAAGAGAAACAAUGUAUUGAUUUGCGAUGCAUUUUAGCCAAGGGGUUAAAAGCAAGAAUGAAUAAUAAUAGUUUAAACAAGCAAACUUUUAGUUAUCAGCUGUUGGUUUAUUUCUCUACCCAAAUGUUGGCACACCCCAGAAGCCUGGCGGCUAUAUUGCCUCUCAAUUUAGCACGUUGGCAGUUUUUGUUGGUAGAGAAACAAGGAACUUAAGUGGUUAAGAAUUAACUUUUUUAUUGUUCUUUUGCUUUCAAUAAAGUGUGUAAAAAGCAAAUCUCAUAGGUUAACAAAUAUAUUAUGUGGGCAUUUAUUAUUUAGAGAAAAUUUAACAAGCUGACUGGGAAAGAAACCUCAGGGGCAGACUUUUGUUAUUACUUCUUAAAGAGGGAUGGGUUAAAUAAAAAACAUGUUGGUGUUUGUGUAAAAUUGGGCAACAGCAAUUCUCUGUACAUUUUCAGUAUUAUGAUACUGCUCGUACAGUGGAAAGCUGUGUUUUUUAGAACAUCCAAAUUACUGAGCAAAACUGCUUCACCAAUGUACAUACCUACUACCUGUGCUGCAACAUCAAUGUAAAACUUUUGUUCGGAAUUUAAAUUUUGUAUCAAAAUAUUGAUUUUUAAAAUUUGUAAUAUUUAAUGUAUUUUGGCUUUAAAAAAUUAAACAAGAUCAAUUAGCUGUAUGAACACAGUGUUUUCCCAAGGAUCUAUUUAAUGGGCACACCACCUGGCUAAAAUUAGCACUUUUUCCAAUGUUUGCUGUACAAGUUAUCAUUGAAUCAAUUUUUUAAAUUAUGCAAUUAAUUUAGAUUCAUAAUGGUACCUGCUGGCAAAAUAUUCUGUGGAGAACACUGUAAUACUAUAGCAGUAUGUAUAAAAUUGCAGAAUUUUAGACACCUGUGUACUGUGUGUAACUGAGAUUUAAAAACAAAUUGUAAACAUUCUGUUUUUAUAUCAUCUUGUGACUAUUUAUGUAUGUUUCGUCUUCAAAAAUAUAUACAGAAAAUAUUCUGGAUAUACUAUAGGACCUCAGUAUAUACAACACUUACAGUAUAUUUAUAUAUAACUUUUUAGACCUUUUUUAUUAUUAUUUUUUAAAGUUGAAUAGCUGUAACAUAAAAACAUUGAUUCAAUUAAUAAAAUGUUUAUAGAG